AUGGAUUACUGGAGGAGGAGAAGAGGUUACGACAGGAUAAACACAUCAAAUACAAGGAGGAAGAACGCCGCGGCCGCGGCGGCAAUAGAUACAGCUGAAUCCAGCGGCGGCCGGAAGAAUCAGCGGCGGCGGUUCUUCAAGUUUGCACGCUGCAAGUCGAAGCUCCGGUUGAUCUCCCCUAACAAGCUACGGGACGCCUACGUCAACAUGAUGCUGCGGAUCGCUAAUUACUCCAGCGUGGGCGACGCCGCCGCAACUGCCUUCGGAAACCGCCCUCUCAAGGAGUACGAUAACAGAAUGCUCCUCCACAUCUACACCUCCUCCGUUCCUUCUCCAUGA